CUUUCCCCUGCUCAUGCACGCAAAAUUGGUUUGACCAGAAGAGCCAGGGACAGGAGGGAUUUUAAAGAAGAUGAAAAUCCAGAGGUAAAAGCAAGACGACACAAGGAGAUGGAGCUGAAGCCUCUGUAUAAGGAGCUGCUCUACACCAUCGCACAUAAGAUGGGUAAACCAACGUCAGCUGAGGUCUUCUCUGACAGCCAGCUUCAGCAGUACAUCCAGGAGGCUUUCACCAUGACACAAUCAGAGCACAACAGUCUGAUGGAGAAAGUACAGACUACAGAG